CGAUAAACAUGAGCGUUAAGUUAAAAAAUACUGAAUUUUUACGUCUCUUAAAAUAAAAUCUGUCUCCUUUUGUAAUGUAAAUUUUGUAUUACAAAAUAUAUGAUUAAUCAGCUUCGGAUAACACUAAAUGAUAUGCAUAUUCCUCUCCAAAAAUAAGAUACUAGCUUUAUCUGUAUCGAGAGCACAAGAGGGGAUAGCAACAUAUUUAACGGAGUUUCAGACGAAUUGCGUAUUGUAUGACGGUCCGGCGAAGAAAACAAACGAAAAGAUGACACGUAAAACGCCAGAUAUCAAAUACACACAGUUAUUCAUUAACAACGAGUUUGUGGACGCGCACAGUGGUAAAAAAUUUUCCACUAUAAAUCCGGCAAAUGGCACUGUUAUUACUGAAGUCUCUGAGGGUGACAAGGUGGAUGUAGACAAGGCAGUUGCAGCUGCAAAAAAAGCAUUCGCCAGGGGAUCAGAAUGGCGGAAUAUGGAUGCAUCUGCUCGAGGAAGGCUUAUUAAUACAUUUGCAAAUCUCAUGGAACGUGACUUGGAUUAUAUUGCUACUCUUGAAACUCUGGACAAUGGGAAAACAUACAACAAUGCAGUGUGGGAUGUACAAGCAAGCAUAGAUACGAUUCGUUAUUAUGCUGGAUGGUGUGAUAAAAUUUUGGGUGAUACUAUUCCAGCAGAUGGAAAUCUUGUCUCAUUUACACGGAAGGAACCAGUUGGUGUAGUAGGUCAAAUUAUUCCUUGGAAUUAUCCUCUUCUUAUGGUGGCAUGGAAAUGGGGUCCAGCAUUAGCUACUGGAUGUACUAUUGUCUUAAAACCAGCUGAACAAACUCCAUUAUCCGCACUCUAUGCUGCAGCACUUGCUAAAGAAGCUGGAUUUCCUCCAGGAGUUGUAAACGUUAUUACAGGAUAUGGUCCAACAGCUGGUGCAGCUAUUGCCGAACAUCCGGACGUUCGUAAAGUUGCAUUCACUGGAUCUACACAGAUUGGUCACCUGAUAAUGGCAGCUUCUGCUAAAAGUAAUCUCAAACGUGUUAGCCUUGAAUUAGGUGGCAAGAGUCCUUUGGUAAUUUUUGACGACGUUGAUGUUAAGGAAGCAGCAGACAUUGCAUACAAUGCAAUAUUUGCGAAUCAUGGACAAAAUUGCUGCGCUGGCUCGCGUACUUUUGUACAUUCCAAAAUCUAUGACGAAUUUGUUAGACACGCCAAGAAAUUAGCAUUCGAGACAAAAGUUGGCGAUCCCUUUGAUUCCAAAACGCAACAAGGGCCGCAAAUCGAUCAAGAUAUGUUUAAUAAGGUCAUGGGAUUGAUUCAGUCAGGAAAAAAAGAAGGUGCAGUGGUGGAAACGGGCGGAGAACAACAGGGUAAUGUUGGUUACUUUAUUAAGCCUACUGUGUUCUCUAAUGUGACCGACAAUAUGAGGAUUGCCAAAGAAGAAAUAUUUGGACCCGUUCAAUCCAUUUUGAAAUUUGAAACGCUCGAUGAAGUUAUAGAACGCGCAAAUAAUACGGAAUACGGCCUUGCUGCUGGCGUGCUUACUAAAGAUAUUGAUAAAGCAUUAGUGUUUGCUCAAGCAGUACAUUCUGGGAGUGUUUGGGUAAAUUGUUACGAUGCCAUGACUCCUCAAACUCCAUUUGGUGGAUUUAAACACUCAGGCAUAGGUCGAGAAUUGGGUGCAGAUGGCUUGGAUGAAUAUAUUGAAACCAAAACAGUGACUAUUAAGGUGCCAAGAUGUAAUUAAAAAUAAAGUACACGAAUACUCAUGAUACACAUUCUUUGUUGUAUCAAAUUUCUAUAAAUAAAUGCGUUAUUUUACGCAUUUUUUAUUUGUUCAGUUUAUUAGGUUACUAUUAUGAACAUUAUUAUGAAUUGUU